AUGCCCCACCACCUCCUCCAACGCCACUGGUCCCGCUUCAUCGGCCCCAAUCCGCCCUCACCACAUGAAAAGUAUCAGCCCCACGCCAACCCCAUUUUCGCCUCGCCGUUCGGCCCCUUCCCGCCUAGCCCAGACAACCUCAACAUCCACGAGCUCUGCUUCCCACCCAGGUCCCCGCUGCCCGAGGACUACCCUCUCUUCAUCAACGCCAUCACGCAGCAGUCCGUCUCCCUGCACCAGUUCUACACGCGCACAUGCGCACUCGCGCGGGUGCUGCGGCACGAUGGCCCGAACCCGCUCUCCCUGGGCCCAAGUCCAACCGACGACAAACACGACGGCGAAAUCCUGGGCCUCUUCUCCCGUAACCAGAUCCACUACCCGAUGGUAGUGCACGCGUGCUGGCGCGCGGGCGUGGUUUUUGGGGGCAUCAGUCCGGCGAGCACACCGCACGAGCUGUGGUGGGUGCUGAGGAAGAUGCAGGUCACAUCGAUCAUGGUGCACGAGUCACUGCUUGGGGUGUUGGGGAAAGCAAUCGGGCUUGGAACGGGAGCCGGAGACGACAUGCCGCUGAAGCUGGUGCUGGACGUGACAAAGGUCGUUGUGCUGAGUGAAGAUGGGUCGAUGGAGCGCGUGGGCGGGCAUCGCACAGUGGAGAGCUUGGUGCGCGAGGGCAUGCGGCUUCCGGAGCGGGCGUGGGCGAUGCGCGGCGGAGACGACCUAGCCUAUCUGUUCCAGAGCAGCGGGACGAGCGGACUGCCCAAGGCGAUGAUGAUCACGCACCGCAACGGCUAUCACUCUGGCAUCCAGACGCUCACGACAGCCGUGCAGGGUGCGCGCUUCAUGGGCGUGGAGCCGUUCGCGACGCCCGGCAUCACCCUUGGCGUGAUCCCGAUGUACCACUCGUACGGCAUGAUUCUGUGGCACCUGCGCGUGAACCUGGUGCGUAACACGACAAUCCUGCUGCCCAAGUGGGAUCUUGAGCAAGCCCUGCAGGCGAUCCAGAAGUUCAAAAUCACAGCGCUGCCGCUGGUGCCGCCUCUGAUCCGGCAGCUCGCGCAGUCGCCGCUCACAGAGAAGUAUGAUCUCAGCAGCGUCAUUGGCGCCGUCAGCGGUGCGGCCUAUCUCCCGCCAGACGUCGCGUACCAGCUUGCUCAGAAACUCCCGCAGGGAAAGGAUAUGCCGAUCCCCUCGGGCUACGGGCUGAGCGAAGCAGCAUCCAUCGCGUCGCCUGCCACGCCUGGCAUUUUUGGUCUGGAGACCGCCAUGCCAGGGUCCAUAGGGUAUCUGUUACCCGGGAUGGAGGGCAGGGUCGUGGACCCAGACACACUGCAAGAUGUAAAGAAGGGCGAGAAGGGCGAGCUGUGGGCGCGCGGCGCAGUCGUGACGCCGGGUUACUUCAAGGACGCAAAGGCUACGUCCGACAUCUUCACAGAGCCCGGGUGGUUGCGAACAGGUGACCUGGUAAUGCGUGACGAGUUCGACAGGAUCCACUAUCUCGAUCGGCUUAAGGAGAUGAUCAAGGUCAAGGGGUUGCAGGUUGCAGCGACCGAAGUUGAGGACACGCUUCUUGAGCACCCUGAGAACCUGGUAAGAGAUGCGUGUGUUGCCGGCGUGGACAACGGCAGGGGAGACGGGAGCCUAUUUGUCCGGGCGUGGGUCGUUCUCACGGACAAUGGGAGGAGUUUCCGUAAAGAAGACGUUGCGAGCAAGCUGGAUGCAUGGGUAAAGAACAGGCUGAGUAAGCACAAAUGGCUUACUGGCGGCAUCGAGAUGGUGGAUUCGAUUCCAAGAACACCAUCCGGAAAGAUGCUGCGAAGGGAGAUGCGUGACCAGUAUCAUGCGCUGUUGAAGAGAGAAGGCCAGGCGAAACUGUAGAUAACGUAGCGUGAUUAUAGAUGGCUCAAGAGAUAUCUGUGCAGGAUAUACUUUACUUUGUUUAUGUCAAACUCUGAAACCGCCCUUCUUCCAAUAUUCGAGUACGAGGGACGCACGCACUCCGCCUUGGUAUAGACUACCUCU